AUGACGGUGAGCAGAGGGAGUGACGUGGAAGAUCUUCGGUCCGUGGUCAACGGAGUCAACAAUCACUACGCGUACAAAGACAUCGCCGUUGACUCGCCCGACCAGACGAACCUUCCCAGCAGCGUCGACAUUGUCGCGGAACUCACGGCCAUUCUGCAGCGCGCCGAGCGGGGCGAAUACGAACGGCUGAUGGACGCCCACGUGGACACGUUCAACGAGAUCAACGGCCUGAACGACGGCCACACGAUGUUCUCGUCCAACUGCUUCUUCAGCAUGGUCACGUUCUUCCUGCCUCUCCCGCUUUUCGCGGUCGUGGAGGACGGUCAGCAGAUAGUUCGCGUCGCGAGGCACCGAUACCUCGCAUGGUUCGAAGGAAUCGAUGAGGACGCGAAGAAGUUAUGGGGUUUCGAUUUUUCCGCCUACGAGUUACAACAGGUACUCACAAUAGAGGGCCAGCCAGCACUAGAGUACAUAAAGCAAUGGGCGGACAAGUACGGCGGCAUGGUGCGCAACCCCAGUGCGCGCUUCAACACCAUGUUCGCAGGCCUCGACCCAGAGGGACGCGCCAGCUUGCGGCAGCACCCGGGGGAGUUUGUCCUGAGGGAGCUGGUUCCAGAGAGCGACUCGCUGCAGGUGUCCAUUCUGAGAGGGGGGGCAGCGGAGAAUGUGAGUGUGCCAUGGCUGGCUGUCUCAAGCUCAGAGCCCUUCACCGACUCGCACUCCUACUGGACACUUAACUGCGCCAAGCACAACGAGCCCUGUGCAGACGACGCUGCUGCUGGCAGCGCAGCAAGCAGCAGCAGCGGUAAAAGCAGCAGCAGUGAUAGCAGCAGCGAGGAGAGGGAUUUACGGGCGCCGCGUCCUUUGUUUCAGCGUGACGUGCUGAGGAGGCGACCCCAGUAUCGGCGACGCCAGCAGCGCCACAAGCGCCAGCAGCAGCAGCAGCCGCAGCAGCAGCCGCACCAGCAACCGCAGCAGCGACCGCAGGAACAGAAGGAGCCAGAAGGCCCGAGCCGCAACCCUUCAGGCAGCGAUGCACAGAGCAGCAGCGAGGCGACACCCAGGAUACUGGCUGGCGAGGAUGCGGCAAGGAUCACCGUGGAGAGGGUGUCUGCUGACGAUGCCUACUACCUGGUGUAUCUACUGAGCAACCGCACAGCAGUGAUAGUGCUGCACACCUUUGACGUGGACAGCACCACGGCUGAGGAGCUCGCAGCCACAAACCCACACGUGCACCCAUUUUCACCCCUCUACACCCCUCUGCAUUCACCUACACCCUUGUGCACCCCUCCGCGCCCCUCUCAGGUGUAUCUGUUGAGCAACCGCACGGCAGUGAUCGUGCUGCACACCUUUGAUGUGGACAGCACCACGGCUGAGGAGCUCGCAGCCACCAGCUCUAGCGUGUAUCUGCUCAGCAAUCGCACGGCAGUGAUAGUGCUGCACACCUUUGAUGUGGACAGCACUACAGCCAAGGAGCUCGCAGCCGCAAACCCCAACGUGGAUAGCUUUGACUACCUCAAAGGGGAGAUCCUCAGAGCCUUGGAUGCUGCCAAGAGCACCAACUUUGCGGAGGUCAUAUUCGACGUGCGCGUGAACGGCGGCGGGUUCACGGCGCUGGGCUCCGUCACGCUCGUCACGCUCCUCGGCACGCGCAACGUGCCUCUAGCGGACGCAACCCUACCCAUGGACUUCCUUAUAGGCACCAAUUUCACCUGGAGCCUUGUAACGGAUCAAGCCAUCCCCACUUAUGCCGCGGACGGCUAUACGAGUCCCAGCGACGGCGCGUCGGCACUCUCCUCUGCGCUAGACUACACGCCUCUGCAGAACAUCUCGUUUACAGCGGCCGGCCGUCGCGGCACCUACACCGCGGAUUUUAAGGCGUAUUUUGAGAAUCUGUACGGGGAAUUGGCGGCGCGGCCCGGGUCGGAGGAGCCGCUUUUCGGCGCGCGGCCGUUUCUGUUUCUGGCCGACGGCGACUGCUUUUCCACGUGCGCCAUCCUCACGCACAUGCUGGGUAAACGCUACAAAGUACCCAUGGUAACCGUGGGUGGUUACCUCAACCAGCCCGUGUCCGUGAGCGCGUCGUGCCUGGGCUACACCAUGCUCUCGUUAAACUGCGACGUUUCCGUCCCUCUAAGCCGCACGAACCACGCCAACGACCCGCACGCGUCGAAACCGUUUAAAACGAACAUGGAUGUUUCCAUGGCUUUUACUAACGGGUACGUGGACUCGAGCGUUCCGUGCGAGUUCGAAUUUCUGCCGAGUCAGCGCCACGUGGAUUACACAGUAGAUCGGAUCGACAAGCCCUGGGUCAUCUGGAACGACGUUGCGAAACUAUUUCCAGAAUUGCCGCUGCCACCAGUGAUCGCUCAGUCGCAGGCGGCAGCGUAA